CAACGAUUUUUUCUAUACUAGCUAGACUAGUGAAUGGAAUUUCCCGAACUUGGAUCUCAGUGUGCAGUUCAGACAUGCAGACAGUUGGAUUUUUUGCCGAACGUUUGUGAUACAUGUCACGGAGUGUUCUGUCAUGAACAUAGCAGAUAUGAAGACCAUCAGUGUGGAGAAGCAUAUUUGAAGGAUGUAAGGGUACCCAUCUGUCCUCUUUGUGAUAAACCAGUGCCUGUCAGAAGAGGUGAAGAUCCUAACAUCAAGGUCAAUGAACACAUUUCUCAGGACUGUCAUUCAGAGAAAGCAGGGAAGAUUUCAUCAAGAUGCUCAUUUCCUGGAUGCAAAGGCAAGGAGCUUGUUCCUAUCAAGUGUGCAGAGUGCAACAGAACAUACUGUCUUCGACAUAGAUUUACAAUGGAUCACAACUGCACAGGACCCACUGUUGCAGCUGGACGCAACGCAGCUAAAAGCAGAUGGCAAACAAGCAGAAGUGAUCAAAGGCCGGUGUCUUCAUCAUCACACAAAAGGGCUGCAACAGCAGGGCCAAAGAAACCACAGCAGACGUGCUUGAAUGCAGUUGGUAGUGAAUUGAAUAGACUUAGACAAGAAAGACAAGAGCAACACCGAACUCCCAUGUUUCAUGGAGCCACUGCUAAUCUACAGCAGCAAACGACUGAAGAUGAAGCAUUAACUCGUGCUAUCCAGGAAUCAUUGCGAGAUUCUUCAGUGUCGAAUUCAAAUGUGCAACCGCUGCCUGACGCACAAACUGCAAAUGAAGAUGAUGCUGCAUUAGCACAGGCCAUUGCAGCAUCCCUGGACGAUCAAGAGAAACAGAGAGCACAAAUGAGACAAAAGAAAGAAUCCAGCUGUACAAUUUCCUGAAUACGGCAAAGCAGUCAAACCGACAAUCACAGGAGCUCAAAGAAUAUAGUAUAUGAUACAAAUUGACGUUCAUAGCAACUACAGACUUUUUAAAUUGAAUAAAAUAUAACUGCAUCAUUA